AUGCACGUAGACAGUGUCACUAGACACGCGCCAGUAUCUGUUGGAUGCAAAAUUGUGCCAUACACAUUAGGGUGGUCCAAACUGAUUUAUCAUGGUGAGGUAUAUGCUCCCAAAAGCUUAAUCGACCUUAUUAAAUCCGACUCCAGGAUUGGCUCGAUUCAUAAUCAAAUCCGUUCAUCAAUUAAAACUGCUGCCGAGUCAUCCAGCCAAACCACUAGAUACCAUCAAAUACUGUUCUCUUCACGACGGGCACGAAAGCGUAUCGUAUUCAAAUAUGGCGAUAGUAAUGUUGUUCAGGGAAACGUGGCCAAGCUGCGUAGAAGAUAUUUUCAGGAUAUUUUCACGACAUUAGUCGAUGUGAAAUGGCGUUGGACGAUAUUUGCGUUUGCCAUGAGCUUCAUUGGUACAUGGUCAGUGUUUGCUGGAAUUUGGUGGCUCAUUGCCUAUACACACAACGAUCUGCCCGGUAUGAGACCUGUCAAUAAAACAUUCAUUCCUUGCGUUGCAGAACUCAAAAGUGUUACGACCACUUUCUUAUUUUCCGUUGAAACACAAUACACAAUAGGUUAUGGCGUUCGUUAUGUUACGGAUCAAUGUCCCGAUGCGAUACUAACGUUAUGCAUUCAGUGUAUUUUGGGCGUAUUAAUUCAAGCAUUUAUGGUGGGCAUUGUGUUCGCAAAGCUGUCACGGCCCAAGAAACGUGCGCAAACAUUACUAUUCUCACGAAAUGCCGUGAUAUGUCAU